UUCCUUUUCUUGCAAGGUAGAGUCUUGAAUUUUGAAAGGAAAAUAAAAUAAAAUAAAAAAGAUUGAUAGAUAGCCUGCAUGUUGCACUUAUAAAAUAUAAAAUAUAAAACAAUAUCACAAAGCUUGUAGAUUUCAAAAUGACAUGUGGUGUAGCUCAACAAGACAACGAUUGCUAGAUAGUUGGUACAAUUAAUUGCUAGAUUUGGGUCCCUGUAAAAAAAAAAAUAAAGAUCCCAACUUGGGCAAGAAAUGGAUAACGAGGUGCUUUAUUUAAUACAUUGUUUAUAUUAUGCUUCCUGUUUCGGUGCCAUAGGAUCCACUUUUCAUUAUCACAAGUUUCUAUCAUAACUGCCCAAAACGUAGAUCUAACUUAUAAGAGGGACAAUAUUUCUAUAAUGCAAACACUUUUUUCUUUAUUUUGGGUUAAGAAAGAUCCUUUUAAGAUGACUCUGAGCAUCAAUUAAUGCGAUAUUGUUUUCUAUGUUUUAUAUUUAAUUCAAAGAAGUAAAAAAACUUUAUGUAAAAAACUGAAAAAAAAAAAGUAUAUGGCACGUCAUUACAAACAUCUAACUCCCCAGACAUCAUAAGGGGUGUCAGAUUUUGUCUAAGAACACAUACCAUGAAAUCACCUAAUGUGAAAGAAUUACUAGAGAAUCCUCAAUUUCUUCAAAGUGGCUUGAAGGGAUCUAGAGUGAGUGCGAUGGAAGAUUUUGCCAACAGCUUUUGCGGUUGGAGUUGGGAGGAGAACAAGUUGUUUGAGCUAGCUUUGGCAGUGGUAGAUGAGCAACACCCUGAACGGUGGGAAGUGGUUGCAGCCAUGGUUGGAGGAGAAAAAAGUGCAGGAGAUGUUCAAGAACAUUACGUCAUCCUUCUCCAGGAUUUACUCGUUAUAGAAUCUGGAAAACUGGACCAUAAACUUGGGGAAGUUAUGCCUGUUGUCUUAGUUGAGAGCAAGGAGUCCAUAUGCUUGUCCCACGACGAUUCAACCAUGUAA